AUGGAGAUCCCCGCCCUCUUCCUCUUGUUCUUCGUCCUCCUUAGCCGCGACGCCUUCGGAAGAAGUACCGAAGGAGAGGCGGACCGAAAGACCAGCCGAAUAGAGGCUGUAGAAGACGCAGGGGAAGCCUUGACGCCGUGGGGGCCAAGGUCAUGGCUGUCGGAGCGGAGAAAACGGUCACUCUUUAUAGAAAGUCAAGGAUACGGCCAACGGGACCAAGGAUCAUCGGUCGCUCAGGCGCCAAGAGAGGGCGCCAGGAUCCAAAUGUUUCCUCAAGUUCCUUCGUCCAUUCCAGUUCCAGCUCCUCCGGUGCCGCCGCCUUCAUCCCGACCCUUACACAUCACCCGACUUGUACCGAUGGUGUUGGAAUUCGUGGGCGCUCCGGCCGGCGUCAACGGCUUGUAUUCGCCCCCGACUACAGAGCCACCCACAGAAACACCCACACCAAAUCUAAUAGCCUCCCUGUCAUUCGCGCUUGCAGGCCCCUCUUCCAUGAGUGUCCUAAUGUGUGCGAGUUUCGGAACAAAUUCAGAGUCUGUGAAGUUGAUGAAAUAUGUCGUUUCUCUCUGAGAGAAAUCAACUUUUGACACAAUAUUUUUUCCAUCUCGCAACCAACGCGUUCUCGGCAUCCUGGGAGACAGCAGUGAUGUAAUGUACUGAUUAAAUGUAAUCACACGC